GCAGCAGCAGUGAAAAUCCCGCACCGCGCGCAGGCUGCACGAGACCGCAGACUCAGCAGCGCGAUCAGAGGGGCGGGAGCGCGCGCGCUUUUACGCGAUACCUUCUGCAGGCUUCAUUAUUAGCGUUCACGCGUAAACGUUAGCGGUGUGCGCGCGAGCGGAUGCGUGGGCUCGAGCCUCGCCGCUAGCGCUGUGUGUUGCGAGGAGCCGGAGGCGCGCGUGCGAGAAGGCGAUGGCGGACGGAGCGCGCGGCACGGAGGUCUCGCGCGCCGUGAAGCGACGAUGACGGCAGCGCGGAGCUCGAGCGAACGCGGCGGAAGAGGAGUCGCGGACGGAGAUGCUGAGGGGAGCGCGAGAGCGUCCCAGGAGCAGGCCGGCGCCGCGCACCUCAGCCUCGGCGUGCUGGAGUCGGUCGCCACCGUGGGUACAGGGACUUUCGGUCGCGUCGUGCUGGUCCAGGAUCGCAAAACCAAGGGCUAUUUUGCGUUAAAGUCCAUGAAGAUCGUGGAUUUGAUCCGACUGAAACAGCAGCAACACGUUCACAAUGAGAAAGAAGUCCUCAUGGAGGUCAAUCACCCCUUUAUCGUCAAACUGUUUUGGACAUGGCAUGAUGAUCGGUGUCUCUUCAUGCUGAUGGAGUUCGUGCCUGGAGGCGAGCUCUUCAGCUACCUGCGCAGUCGCGGAAAGUUCAGUAACGACACGGGCCUGUUCUUCGCAGCGGAAAUCAUUUGUGCGCUGGAGUAUCUUCACUCUAAAGACAUCGUCUACAGGGACCUGAAACCGGAGAACAUCCUGCUGGACCGCGAAGGUCACAUCAAACUCACCGACUUUGGAUUUGCCAAGAAGGUCGUAGACAGGACGUGUACAUUAUGCGGAACUCCAGAGUAUCUGGCGCCUGAGAUUAUCCAGGGCAAAGGUCACGGUCUGGCGGUGGACUGGUGGGCCCUGGGCGUGCUAAUUUUUGAAAUGCUUUCUGGGUAUCCGCCGUUUUUUGACGACAAUCCCUUCGGUAUUUACCAGAAGGUUCUUUCUGCCAAGCUGAACAUCCCUCGCCAGCUGGACUUCUACGUAAAAGACCUCAUCAAGAAGCUUCUCGUCGUCGAUAAAACAAAGAGACUUGGAAGUUUGAGAGGUGGAGCCGAGGACGUGAAGAGCCACAAAUGGUUUCGAUCUGUAGACUGGGAAAUCGUUCCUCAGAAAAAACUUAAGCCAGUCAUCAUUCCCGAAGUCGCACAUGAGGGCGAUCCGUCAAAUUUCGAAGCUUAUCCUGAAGAAAAGCGCAAAAAAGAACCUGCCGUUUCCCCAAGGGACUUGGAAAUUUUUAAGAACUUUUGAAUACAAACACAAUUAUUGGUACUUAUUUACGUGUCUUUUGCAUCUUUUCACUAAGGGCAUGUGCCGAUAAUCUGACGGUACGAUACGUCUCGCAAUGUUGAACAUGAGCACACUGUUGUUACUUCAAAAUACUCAUGGAGUCAUCCUGCAUUUCUGGAAUACAUGGUGCAAGUAGGCAGCAUUUCGGGAUGAUGUUAGAGCUCCUGAGAUAAAGUUUGUCUCAUUCAAAAUGUGGAGUUCCAGUAAAGUUUGAACAACAUGGCGGACACCAUGGUCACUCUUUUUAAGGAUAAUGUUUACUCAUCUCGAUGAACUGCCUGUCUCAUAGCUAACCUUUUCGCUACUGUUUUCACCAAUAGUUAUUAUUCUACGGAAAUCCUGAACUGCAAAGGUAUGAAAAAAGUUCUGUAUCAUUAUUUUGAAUUAAUAACUUGUUAUUUCAAGUUAUUAUCUCACGUCGAUUUAAUUUGUCAAUAUAUUCGCCUGUUAUUUUGACUUAAUAACUUAUUUCAACUUAUUAACUUGUUAUUUCGAAUUAUCUCGUAAUUUCAACAUAUUAUCGCAUUAUUUUGUCGUAUUUAUCAACGUAUUUCCAAAUAAUGAGUUAUUAAGUAAAAUUAACGUGAGGCAAAAUAACAAUGUAGCAAAUUUUUUUUUUAACAUCUUACGGGUAACGGCUUCUGUAAUUUCCACGUUUGUAGGUUGCCAGGAUUCGUUGUCAUGGUUACAGUUUUCGAAAGCUAAUAUAAUGUGACAUAACAGCUUAGCUAGGUAUCUAUAUUGGUCAUCUGUUUCUUUACAGAUCUAUUUUAAGAAAGACUAGCAGGUAAACUUGCAGCGACUUUCGUAAGACGUCACGUAAAGCCACCUGGCAGCCAGCUAGCAAACUGCGUAUAUUUAAUGGGUUAAAUGUUGGACAACAAAAAGUAAAUAUGUAGCAAUUUUUCAAAAGUACAUUAUAAUGAAAUAUCGUAAAAUUAUGGCGAGAUGAAAACUACAUAUCGGCACAUGUCUGUUUCCACUUGGUCUUGUUCUAUUGUGUCAUGUGUAGCCUUGUAAUGUAGCUAUAAUCUAUGCACUUUGUUAGAUGUUUUGUUUGUUAUGCAAGUUACUCCAAAUAUACCCGUCUAUUCUCUGGGAAUGAUUAUGCAACUUAUGUUUAUGAUCUAUGCAGAUCCAUUUGUUUAACUCGAUACAAUUUGACCUGUCUCGAUGUGAUCGUGUCUCACGCUGUAACCGUAUGUGUAUGAUGCUAAUGAAACCAAUGUUAUAGCUACUCUUUGUUUGUUUGAUGUUAUGAGAUGCUUGAUUAUGUAAUAAAUAACAUUUUUCAAAA